AUGUCUGGUCUAGGAGGCGACUUCGCCGUCAAGUUUGCCCGUGAAACAUGGGCUCUGUACGCCGUCGGCGUGCUGGGCGCCGUUUUGCGAUUCACUGCUCGUAUUCGACGUCUGGGUAUCCGUAAUCUCCAAGUCGAUGACUACCUUAUGUUGUUCGCAGUGGUUUGGUAUACCCUACUAUGUGUCGCUUUAAAUCAAGUCGCUUCUGGCGGAGGGUCCAAUCUCAUGACACCCGAAGACAUCAAGAACAUGACCGACCAAACCUAUACCGAGCGAGUCAGUGGAAGCAAAUGGGUCUUUGUGUCGGAGCACUCCUUCAUUCUCUGUGUUUGGGCUCUGAAAGCAUGCAUGCUGGUGAUCUAUGCUCGUAUCACCGAGGGUCUCAAGCAACGACGCUGGAUUAAUUAUAUCGCCAUCUAUGUCGCUCUCGGUUUCGUCGCCACUGAACUAUCACUCUUCCUUAUCUGUCGCCCAUUGACAAACUACUGGGCCGUCCCUACACCAAACUACCAAUGCUCGUCCUACCAGUACUACGAAAUUGUUCAGGGCUGCAUCUCCAUCUCUGCCGACAUUUUCAUGCUCCUCAUCGCCAUCCCACUCCUCGUGCAGGUCCGCGUCCCGCUCAAGCAAAAGCUGAUCUUGCUUCUGCUCUUUGGCAUGGGCAUCUUCGUCAUCGUCGCCGCCGUCCUCAACAAGGUCUACUGUCUCGUUCCCUCUCUGAUUUCCUACGUCUACAUGAACUGGUACUUCCGCGAAGCCACCGUCGCCAUCCUCGUCACCAACCUCCCCCUCAUCUGGUCUCUACUCCGCGACGUUUUCCCUGCCCUCAAAUCCUGGACCGGCGGCUCCAAGCGCGGCACCGAUCGCUACAAGUCCGGUCCCUGGACCAGCAAAGGCGGCUCCAAUCUCCCGCCCUACGGUCCCCCAAGCCACCUGCGCUCCGGCGACUUCACCAUGCAGGACUUCCAGCGAUCCGCCACCGUCACGCCACAGAAGGCAACUGUCUCUGACGUCAGUUUGCCUAGCGAUGAGCGCGAUGUCAGUAGCGAUGAUGGCUCUGCACGCGCUCUUCGUAUCCGUCAGGAUAUCACCGUCACCGUGCAGCAUGAUCAGCGAACCGAGGAUUUCCCAUCCAAUCAGUCGAAUUCCUCACAUGUCCGUCCACGUGAGGAUGUCUAG